CUGGUUCUCGUGCAUGGCCUCGACGGCGACCCCGAUGAGACGUGGCGUCACGCAGCCACCAAAAAGUCGUGGCCGGAGGAGCUCCUUCCUGCCGUGCGGCCGCGCACACGCGUGCUGUCGUUUGGGUACAACGGCGACAUUUUCCGCAACGACUCGGCGGCCGGCAUUCGCGGCAACGCGCGGGCGCUGCUCAUGCACCUGGGAGCACACCGCGACGGCGCCGACGCCCGGAACCGGCCCAUAGUCUUCGUAGCGCACUGCCUCGGCGGGCUCAUCGUCAAGCAGGCGCUGUGCUUUGCCAGCCGCGAAGCCGGGCUCAAGCCCAUCUUCCAGGCUGCCCGCGGCGUGUUCUUCUUCGGCACGCCUCACUUCCGUAGCGUCAAGAACCAGUGGCGGCGCAUCGCCAAAGACCUUGCUCCCCUGUCAAGGACCGCGGGGCGAGGCCGUCGAGGCAAGCAGUCGUCUCUCGUCGACGCCAUCACGCGUGACGCGGUGCAGCUCACCGAGAUCUGCGAGGACUUUGCCGACGUCUCGCAGGAGCCGCUGCAGAUUGUGAGCUUCUACGAGACGGGCCACUGGCCGGGCACCGGCUCCUGCAUUGUCGACGAGUCGAGCGCCCGCAUGGGCUUCGCCAACGAGCAGCCCGUGCCCGUCGACGACAACCACGUCGGCAUCUGCCGGUUCAACGACGAGACGGACGGGACUUUCAAGAUUAUGUGCCAGCAGAUAAAGAAGGUGCUAGGC